AUGGAGGAACUCCAGAGGAAACUGGACAAGAGAUAUGACAGCCACCAGAGGUACGACAGCAAGUUGGCCUCAUCAGUCAGCAGCAGGAUGCUGAAGUAUGUGUACGAGGACAGCCAGGAACUGGACAGCCCAGAGGAGAAGUACCCCCACAGCUUCCACAGCCACAACAUGCCCAGACACCUGGAGAUGGAGCAGCUUUGUGGCUUCCAGGACAUGCAGGACCAGGGCCUGUACCCCCAUACCGGACUGAUGACCCAGAGGAUCAACAUCUACAGAGGGGGGGCUAACUAUGGACCCCCUGCCCACACUGAUGCGCCAAAGCUAGACCCCAAGUAAAUUGUAGUGGCUUGGUUGAAAAACUACGCUAUGAAAACUGUUGAUUUGUAGCUUAAUACACAACCUCAAGAUUCCCCUUCACCACACUCCUAUAUAGUUUCAUUCCCUUUUGUAGUGCAUGCUUCAUGGUAUUCGAUUAGUAAUUCAUUCUCUUCUGAUGGGUGGGUGCUUGUCGAUGAAAGUCUCUAAAUGCCUCAGAGUUGAAUGAACCAAGUGAGUUACACUUAUUAAGCAUUAAACAAAGAGAAUAACUUUAACAGAGGAAAACAGGGCUGGUGUUAUGGGUGAGCCUUAGGGGGGCUGGCCCUCCCCACCCUACCUCCUUGCCCAUCCAAAUAAAAUAUUGAAAUAUUGAUAAUUUAUUUGACCUAGAUGCACACUGACAGAAAGACCAGUCAAUCUCAGAUAAAGCAUUCGAGCGAGUGAAACAGCGCCCCUCUGUCUCAGUAUGUGUAGAGCAUGUAUCUGAUACUGUCUGGACGAAAAGAGUAUGGCAUGUCAAACUAUUUCUAGCCAAGCAUCAGAUACAUGGGCUACACAUAUUAAGACAGACAGCGCUGUUUCACUCACUGGGAUGCUUUCUCCGGUGAGAGAGUAUCAGCAGAGAGGAAGAGGCAAAGCGAGAGGCUCACUCUCGCCAAAAUCUCUUCGGAAUCAGCCCAAUGCGUUGCUGUGGGCAUAAUAUGCAGACCUAAACUUGUCGCCUGCCUUCCCGCCUUUGGGACAACCCCUCCCAUCGUCGGGGCGAAGACAUGAGCAUCUCGUCAUUAUAUACAGAACUCUGGUUUCAGCCUGCGAAUUGCAAAGGAAAGUUGGCGGGUGCACAGUGCUCUGUUAGGAUGCUGGCUUCCCCUAAAGUAAAUUGAUGUUUUGCCAAAAUUAUUCCUGUCUAAAUAAAAACAUUCAAAAUACUUCACCAGAGAGCACGACUUAGCCACAGAGGAUCAUUAGCUUCUUAAAAAAAAAAAAAGCUGUGUAUUGUUUCAAAUCAGAAGUGUGUAGGACUAUGCCUAUUUGGUAAUCCCGCAAUUUGGGCAGCGGGCGUUGCUAUAUUUCAAGCUGAUUGAGUUGCGGCUGUCAGUGAAAAGCAUCUAAAAUAUGUGUGUCUUGAGUAUAAUGCAAAAUGCUGAGACAAGAAGGGGAGGAGUGUGUGGCGAAGAUAUGGCGCAUCUCUCUCCAGAAUUCAUGCACUCCGCUCUCCAGAAUGCGCUCAGCUGUCUCCCGCCAAUUCUUGCCCAUUCAUUGUUUCAUUGUGUGAAUUGUUUGACCUAUGAUCGUUUAUUUUUGAUCAACUCCCCAUUACACAUGUCACCAUUAGGCCUAGUAAAUAUGCCGUUAAUCCCAGUAAUUUGGUUACAUACAUUUCUGUUAUUGCAUGUAUUAAUUACAGUCAUUACCAUUCUCAUUCUCGGAGUGGAAACGUUUGCAGAGUUCACAACCUGCUACACUUGUGAGAAACCAGUUUUGGUUCAUUUCCUAAUCAUUACGAGUUUUGUCAAUCUUUUCAUUGUCUUUUGUUUGGAGUGCUCCAUGAGGAAUGAGCAUGUGUCUGGUUUCUCUGUCCUGAUGACGUUGAGGGAGCGUGCACGCCUGAGCACGCAUAGAAGUAGGCCUACCUGACCUGCUGCAUGCAAAUGUCGGAAAGUGCCCAUUUGGCAAUGUCUGUUUUCUGAUUGUCUUAACUCACCACGUCCACCACGAAUAAACUGAGCUUCUCAGUAAUUUUUUCUUCACCUCACACAUUGUAAACGAAGUCUUAUUAUUAUUUUUAUUAUUUUUUUAAUUUUUUUUACAUCCAUUGCAAAUGAUAGUUUCUCAGUAUUUGAAACGUCUUUCCAACACUCCCGGCCUCACCAAGCCUCGGUGUGAAAGAGCAAAAUAUAAUGAUCCGAUUAACCAUAUAUUCAGUGGAAACGUCAUAAAAAACAGCUGUCUGACCCGAGCUCACUGGCGCCAGAAACUCUGAGGGCCCGGAAUAGUCUAGUUGAUACAAUCGGUCGGAUCCAGUUGAUGAUUUGAUACAAUGUUGCACUUCACCAGCAAUAGCUCAAGUCAAGAAAUAUAGAAAGGGAGACAGACGUAUGCGGAGCAGAGAGAUGAAUGUGAUGGAAAGAACCGGAAUUUUCAUCAGGAUAUUUUCUACUGUUUUUAUUUUGUCGGCUUUAGGCCUAUGUAUUUUACUUAGUUGAUGGUGGAAGUUAUAGGCCUACUGCUGCAUUGGCCUAUAGGCUAUCUCUGAGUUCUAUGCGCUCAUUUAUUUAGCCUCCAAUGGACUACAGUGUAUCAAUGUGUCCAUAUGUCAGAAGCUGGUGAUCUCCUGUUCGUUGAAUUUUCAUCAUUUUAUUGUAUGAUUAACCACAUGACAAUGAUUUUGAGAAACAAAAACGUUAUUAUUGAAAUGAAACGGCGCAUCAUAACUUUCACGCAGAUCGGUAGAAAUGUUAGGAUAAAUUGUAGGCUUCCCCAAACUUUAAACUCACGAGCUGCCUAUGGUCUUUAUUAUAACACCCAUUCUAAAAAAUUGUGAACGCGCAAAAGCACCUGCACACAUAGGUCUCGUGAAAAAACUUGCCCGCCUAUGGAUGUCAAAGGUUCGUCCAACUGAUUCGUCCUGGCGCCGGCCCUGGAGGAAAACUAUACUAAUCAUGUAUUUUGCGUAUUAGUGAACCAUUUAUUACUCCAUAUUCCCUAUUUAAUACUGUUGUGACACAACACCAGCCAUUCAUUUUUACUGGCACAAUCAUAUUAUGCUAUGAUGCCAUUAAGAUUCAAUGGCUGGUCUUAUAACAGUUCCAAUACGUUAUCUCAUAUGAGCUGUUGACCUAUCGAACUGUGUUAAAACCAAGGACAAAACAAUGUUUUUGUUUUAUGCUGUCAUUUGCCAACCUCAAUGUGUGUGCAAUAUUGUAUCAAUACAGCAAUUAAGUAUCAGAUGAUCAGAUUACAGUCACAUCUUCGGUAUUUUAUUGACUGGAGCAAUAAGUGUAACUGUAGUCUAUCCUGUGAUGUUCACACUAGACAAAAUACGAAAGCAUAAGAUGUUUACUUUUAUCCCUAUGUCCUAUUUCUCACAAAUUACUUUAAUAAAAAUACGAUUGAAUAAAUUAUAAGGCAUGUAUCACACAGUCCCAUACACAGUUUAUGAUAAUGCACUUAUAAAGCCCCUGUAGUGUUGUCAAGUUGUGUCUGCAAAGCAAAUUAAGACACAGGUCAUAACCGCUAAAACAUACAUUUAUAUUCAAGUCUGUCUUUAUCAAUAUCAUUAUACUGAGUAAUGCACAUGAGUGACCAGGCUUUUGUUUGUGUCCUCCAGUCUUCAGUAUUGGACUUUGGAAAGAUAAAAAAUCUACACCAGUAAUCUGCGGAUCAUCUGGACCCCUCGGAGGGAUGGAGGGACAGGGAGACAUCCUCAGCCCCCUGGGGCAGUGGACGAGUACUCACGGGGGCAUGACAGCGGGGGCAAGAGGAGGCCCAAUGCCCUCUGUGCUCACAGGAAGGAGUAGAGCACCCAUCCACAGGACAAGGUAAUGGUGCCUGACCAGACCACCUUGUGUCUCUCUCUAACCACAUUGUCUCCUCGCUCUGCCUGCUGACUGUGCACAGAUAGUGAUGACUACUCAGUUUCUCUGCUCCCGCGGCAUCUGCUGCCACUUAUGAGCCGGGUAACGCUCAGUAAUUCCCCAUGGUCACUUCUUUUACUGAUUGCAGGUUUCUCUCUCUCUCGCACUCUCUCUCCUCUCUCUCUCUCUGUCUCUCUCUCUGUCUCUGUCUUUCCAUUCCAUUCCUAACUCAUCUCUCUUUCUCUCACUGGGUCUCACUGGUUUUUCUCUAAUUUCUCUUUUUGUUGUUGCCUUUUUCGCAUUCUCUGUUUGGACCCAGAUCAUGUUUCUUUUACUUGUAAUAUUGUGGCUAGGGUUGCAAAACUACCGGUAAUUUACCAAAGUUACCGUAAUCUUCAGUCAUUUUGGUAAUUAACAGAAAAUCUAUGGCAAUCUAUCUUAACUUUGGUAAUUUAUACUUGAAUAUCUUUUAGAAAAUGUAUUAAUAUAUAGUUUGAAUUGUUUAUAUCUGUGUCCAUAUUGUCCAUGAGUUUCUAGUAGAUAGACCAUAUGGUUCAAGAGAAAAUGGCCUAUAUAUGAAAAAAGCAUCUAAUCAACAAUGGCAUUAUUUUCAAUUUCAUAUUUUAGUCAUUUAGCAGACACUAUUAUCUAGAGCAACUUACAGGAGCAAUUAGGGUUAAGUGCCUUGUUGACCUUUCGGGUACUGGCCCAACACUCUUAACCGCUAGGCUACCUGUUGCCCCUUUUUUACCUCUGCAACCCGUCCAACUAUUGACUUUUUUCACAACUGCCACCCAUUUGACGCCAAAACAUUGACAACAAAUACAUAUUGACAUUAUAAAAUAAAUAAAAGUAUGUAAAAAUAAGAUAUUUCAUGCCGAAACCCUCAUAUUAAACACAAAUGGUAUUCACUAAAUUGAGGGUUUAUAUUUAAGAUAAUGUUUUCACAGCUUCGUCAUUAUUAUUAUUUUGUAAUUUUUUAAAUAAUCUUAUUUAAUUAUUUAAUAUAUUCUACAUGGAAUAAGGCCACACAGAGUGCUAGACAUAAUUACAGACGCUUGUGAUAAUCUGAAGUACCCAAAAGGGCCACUAGAUGUCUUGUGAUAUAUUACGUAAAAUCCUUGAAAGAUACCAAAAUUCUGGUAGUUUACUUGUAAACUUAGAAAGUUUACAGUAAUAUACCCUCCCUUUGCAUCCCUAAUUGUGCCACACCAUUUGCUGGAUUCAUUAGGUAUGAUACAGUAUCUUAUAUGAGUUCUGUUGUGUUGUUAGUGACACUGUGUUUAUUUGUGUGCCUCCAGCAGGAUGCUGCGUCCAGCUGCCAGCAUUGUGGAGGUUCGCGCUGUGUACCCUGCUCUUUGUGCCAUGGCAGCAAGCUGUCCAUGCUGCCAACCGCUUCAAUGAGUCUAUCAGUGUGCUGCGAUGCCAGGCCUACUGCCCUGAUGGACUGGAGAGGUGCCAGUCCUGUACCAAAUAACACCAACCACUGGCUGUGUGUGUGCCCAUUGUCUCUCCUGCCUGAGGUAAUAUCACUGUAA